AUGCUUGAGCUAGCACUGAGGGUGGGAAUCAAAGCACGAGGAGGAACUGGGAAAUUUCUAUGUAAAUCCUGCUCGUUUUCUCCAAUUCUUGAUUCAGAACUUGUACCAGAUAGGUUUAGGUUAACUGUAGAAGAUAUCUCAAGUGUCAAACAUGUUGUUUCAGAGCUUCUUCGGAAAGAAACGGAUGUUAAAGACUUAGAUAACAACAAUGUUCAUGCGGUGGUGCAGCAAGUAGUGAAUAUAAUAGAAGCUGCAGCAGGAGAACUUGAAUGCCUUUCUGUUGUUGCUUCCAAGUUGCAUAAAUUCUUUCUUUUUGCUAAUAUUGAUGUUGAGGGAAGUGUGUUUUUAACAAGUUGA